AUGGUGAUGCCAGCUGGCGCGAGCCCCAUCCUGCUGCUGCUGGUGCUGCUGCUGUGCUGGGUGGCCCCCAGCAGGCAGGAGCCAGCCCCGGUGCAGCUGCGGCUGGCGGGGCCGCGGGGGCCGGCCGGGGAGGGCCGGCUGGAGGUGCUGUACCAGGGGCGCUGGGGCACCGUCUGCGACGACGGCUUCGACUUCCACGCGGCCACCGUCGCCUGCCGGCAGCUGGGCUACGCCGCGGCCAUCACCUGGACCCAUAGUGCCACCUACGGCCAAGGGGAAGGCCCCAUCUGGCUGGACAACGUGCGGUGCGGGGGCAGCGAGGGCUCCCUGGCAGAGUGCGUCCACAAUGGCUGGGGCACCAGUGACUGCCACCACGGGGAGGACGCUGGCGUGGUGUGCUCGGGACAGCGCCUGCCCGGUGGCCCCCCCCAAACCACCACCUCUGGUCACCUGGGAAAGGUGCCGGGGCUGAGCCUGGAGGAGGUGCGGCUCAAGCCCAUUCUGGCACGGGCCAAGCUGAGCAUGCCGGUGAUGGAGGGUGCCGUGGAGGUGAAGCACAACGGGCACUGGAGGCAGGUGUGCGACGCCGGCUGGACCAGGAACAACAGCCGUGUCAUCUGCGGGAUGCUGGGCUUCCCCCAGGAGAAGCAUGUCAACACCAGCUUCUACCGGAAGCUCUGGAACAUGAAGCUGAAGGACCCCAGCUCCAGCCUGAAGACCCUCAGCCAGAAGAACAGCUUCUGGGUCCACAGGGUGCGGUGCCAGGGCACGGAGCCCCACCUGGCCCGCUGCCCCACACAGGUGGCCCCACCGGCCCCCCAUCAGCACGCCUGCCCUCAUGGCAUGCACGCCAUCGUCAGCUGCCUCCCUGGCCCUGCCUUCCAGAAAGGCACGGGCAAGGGCAGGAGCAAGACCUCCCCGGGAAAGGUAAGCCCCAGCAUGGUGCUCCCGGUGCGGCUGCGAGCGGGCACCCACGCCGGUGAGGGCCGGGUGGAGGUGCUGCGCCAUGGGCAGUGGGGCACCGUGUGUGACAAGCAGUGGGACCUGGCUGCGGCCAGCGUGGUAUGCCGGCAGCUGGGCUACGGGACGGCAAAGCAGGCCCUGGUGGGAGCCCAGAUGGGGCAAGGGCUAGGGCCCAUCCACAUGAGUGAGCUACGGUGCACUGGCCACGAGCGCUCCCUGGGUGAGUGCCACUUCCAGGACGCCGAGCAGAGCGGGUGCCGGCACGAGGCUGAUGCCGCCGUCCGCUGCCACGUGCCCCACAUGGACUUCCAGAGCCAGGUGCGGCUGGCAGGGGGCCGCAGCCCCGAGGAGGGUGUGGUGGAGGUGCUGGUGCCGGUGCAGGGGCAGCUGCAGUGGGGCGCAGUGUGCGGUGCGCAGUGGGGGCUGAACGAGGCCAUGGUUGUCUGCAGGCAGCUGGGGCUGGGCUUUGCCAGCCAUGCCCUCCAGGAGACAUGGUACUGGGCAGGCAGCCCCGAUGCCACCCGGGUGGUGAUGAGUGGGGUGCGCUGUGCCGGCACCGAACUGGCUCUCCAGCAGUGCCAGCGCCACGGCCCCGUCCACUGCCCCAGCGGCGGGGGACGCUUCUCUGCAGGAGUCACCUGCACCGCCCACGCCCCGGACCUGGUGAUGAACGCCCAGCUGGUGCAGGAGACAGCCUACCUGGAGGACCGGCCGCUGGGGCUGCUGUACUGUGCCCACGAGGAGCGCUGCCUCUCCCGCUCCGCUGACCACAUGCACUGGCCCUACGGCCACCGUCGCCUCCUCCGCUUCUCCUCCCAGAUCCACAACCUGGGCAGAGCCGAUUUCCGACCCAGGAUGGGGCGUCAUGCCUGGACCUGGCACCAGUGCCACCGGCACUUCCACAGCAUUGAGGUCUUCACCCACUACGACCUGCUGACGCUCAACGGCUCCAAGGUGGCCGAAGGGCACAAGGCCAGCUUUUGCCUGGAGGACACCAACUGCCCCGAGGGGCUGCAGCGACGCUUUGCCUGUGCCAACUUUGGGGAGCAGGGGGUGAGCGUGGGGUGCUGGGACACCUAUCGCCACGACAUCGACUGCCAGUGGAUCGAUAUCACCGACGUGCCGCCAGGCAGCUACACCUUCCAGGUGGUUGUGAACCCCAAGCACGAGGUGGCCGAGUCGGACUUCUCCAACAACGUGAUGCGGUGCCAGUGCAAGUAUGAUGGGCAGCGCGUCUGGAUGCACGGCUGCCACACAAGCGAUGCCUACGGCGCCGACGUGGUGAGUGAUCUGGAGCAACAGGACCGCCUGGCCAACAACCUCGUGUGA